GGGAAGCGAAGCCGGAGCUGCGGGCGCCUUUUCGGCCCGCGGUGUCUCAGAUUCAUUCUUAAGGAACUGAGAACUUAAUCUUCCAAAAUGUCAAAAAGACCAUCUUAUGCCCCACCUCCCACCCCAGCUCCUGCAACACAAAUGCCCAGCACACCAGGGUUUGUGGGAUACAAUCCAUACAGUCAUCUCGCCUACAACAACUACAGGCUGGGAGGGAACCCGGGCACCAACAGCCGGGUCACGGCGUCCUCUGGUAUUACGAUUCCAAAGCCUCCAAAGCCACCAGAUAAGCCGCUGAUGCCCUACAUGAGGUACAGCAGAAAGGUCUGGGACCAAGUAAAGGCUUCCAACCCUGACCUAAAGUUGUGGGAGAUUGGCAAGAUUAUUGGUGGCAUGUGGCGAGAUCUCACUGAUGAAGAGAAACAAGAAUAUUUAAAUGAAUACGAAGCAGAAAAGAUAGAGUACAAUGAAUCUAUGAAGGCCUAUCAUAAUUCCCCUGCAUACCUUGCAUAUAUUAAUGCGAAAAGCCGUGCAGAAGCUGCAUUAGAGGAAGAGAGUUGACAGAGACAGUCUCGCAUGGAGAAAGGAGAGCCUUACAUGAGCAUUCAGCCUGCUGAGGACCCAGAUGAUUAUGAUGAUGGCUUUUCAAUGAAGCAUACAGCCACCGCCCGUUUCCAGAGAAACCACCGCCUCAUCAGUGAGAUCCUCAGUGAGAGCGUGGUACCUGAUGUGUGGUCGGUUGUCACAACAGCUAGAAUGCAGGUCCUCAAGCGACAGGUCCAGUCUUUAAUGGUUCAUCAGCGAAAACUAGAAGCGGAACUUCUUCAGAUAGAGGAACGACACCAGGAGAAGAAGAGGAAGUUCCUGGAAAGCACAGAUUCCUUUAACAAUGAACUGAAAAGGUUAUGCGGUCUGAAGGUGGAGGUAGACAUGGAGAAAAUUGCAGCUGAAAUUGCCCAGGCGGAGGAACAGGCCCGCAAAAAGCAGGAGGAGAGGGAGAAGGAGGCAGUGGAGCAAGCCGAGCGCAGUCAGGGCGGCAUCGCCCCUGAGGAAGAGCAAGUGGCAAACAAAGCCGAGGAGAAGAAGGACGAGGAGAACAACCCCAUAGAAACAGAGGAGACACACCUGGAAGAGACGACCGAGAGCCAACAGAACGGGGAGGAAGGCACGUCCACUCCUGAGGACAAGGAGAGUGGGCAGGAGGGGGUGGACAGCCUGGAGGUGGAAGAGACCAGUGACAGUAACACUGGCUCAGAGAGCAACAGUGCGACAGUGGAGGAGCCGUCCACAGACCCCACGCCAGAAGACGAGAAGAAGGAAUGAGUGUCGCCUGUCUGUGUGUCCGCAAACUUUUUUAAAUGUAGGAAAA